GUACUCGAUAGAUCGAAACACAGAUUUGGAGAGGUAUUUCAACAUUGAUGCCAACAGUGGAGUCAUUACAACUGCCAAAUCUCUGGACAGGGAAACUAAUGCCAUUCAUAAUAUCACAGUUUUGGCUAUGGAGAGUCAGAAUCCAGCGCAGAUUGGGAGAGGUUAUGUAGCCAUCACUAUACUUGACAUCAAUGACAAUGCCCCAGAGUUUGCCAUGGAGUAUGAGACAACUGUCUGUGAAAAUGCUCAGCCUGGUCAGGUGAUCCAGAAAAUCAGUGCAAUUGAUAAAGAUGACCCACCAAAUGGCCAUCAGUUCUACUUCAGUUUAACAGCAGAAGCAGCAAAUAACCACAAUUUUACACUGCAGGACAACAAAGAUAACACUGCAACAGUCUUAACCAGAAGAAAUGGAUUCCGAAGACAGGAACAGUCUGUUUUCUACUUGCCAAUAUUCAUUGUGGACAGUGGAUCACCUUCACUUAGUAGCACUAAUACACUCACCAUCAGAGUCUGUGAUUGUGAUGCAGAGGGUAUUGCUCAGACAUGCAAUGCAGAAGCAUAUAUCUUGCCUGCAGGACUUAGCACUGGAGCCCUGAUAGCAAUAUUGGCUUGCGUCUUGACACUGCUCGUUCUUGUCUUGCUGAUUGUCACCAUGAGGCGACGGAAAAAAGAACCCCUCAUUUUUGAUGAAGAGAGAGAUAUCAGAGAGAACAUUGUCAGGUACGAUGAUGAAGGUGGUGGAGAAGAAGACACCGAGGCUUUUGACAUGGCUGCCUUGAGAAACCUCAAUAUCAUCCGAGACACCAAGACCAGAAGGGAUGUGACACCUGAGAUUCAGUUCUUGAGCAGACCAACGUUUAAAAGCAUCCCGGAUAACGUCAUUUUUAGGGAAUUUAUCUGGGAGAGACUAAAAGAAGCUGACGUGGACCCCUGCGCGCCACCCUACGACUCCCUGCAGACAUACGCGUUUGAGGGGAACGGCUCAGUGGCAGAGUCACUGAGUUCUUUAGAUUCAAUCAGCUCAAACUCUGACCAGAACUACGAUUACCUCAGUGACUGGGGCCCUCGCUUUAAAAGGCUUGCAGAUAUGUAUGGUACUGGACCAGACUGCUUAUACUCAUAGCCUUGGAACCUUUCUAUGAAAAUGCACUGAAGAGUACUAAAACAGAAAACUCAACCUUACAGAC